UUUUAUUAAAAAAAUAAUAAUAAUAAAUAAUGCAGGGAUUGAGGAACCCAUCGAAGCCACUGAUCGUAACAGGACACUCUUUAGGAGGAUGGGUUGCAUCGCUCUUCUGCUUAUGGCUGCUUGAGAACAUUGAUAAAAAGAACAGUAAUCUUCCCAUUUGCAUCACCUUUGGAUCUCCACUCCUCGGCGACGAUGGCCUCUGCAAAGCCAUUCAAAAUCGUUCUGGAUGGAAUCCUCGAUUCCUGCACAUUGUCUCCGACGGGGACUCCAUCCCUCGUACCUUCCUCUCAUCCACCACCACCACCAAUAGUUACAAGCCUUUCGGCACAUUCCUCAUGUGUUCUCAAUCAGGUUCUGUUUGUUUCGAUGACCCCAAUUUAGUCCUCAAACUGUUGGAGGCUACAAGUUCGUCUCAGUUUCUUAGCCUCAUGAACUAUCAGAAUCUAUUGCAACACCUCACCCAUCAGACCAUUGUCUCCAAAGGAGCUUCCCAGCCACAUGAAUUGAGAGGCGAUUCACUUCGAAUCGGAAUAAAUCUUCAAUUAGAUGCAAUUGGAGAUAAAAGAAUGCAGGAGGACAAUGUGGAAGACGCUUUGAUUAGAGCCAUGGAGAAACCAGAAAGAAAUUAUCAGAGUCAAAGGAAGCGCAUCUCUAACUCUGAAAAGAAACUGAAUAAAAUGAAGACUGAUAUGGCCAAUCUCGAAUGGUACAAGAGGGUCUCCUCCAUUGAAAUUCCCAACGGCUAUAAGACUCCCAUCGGCUAUUACGAUGGCUAUAAGUACAGGCCAUCUCCAAGGGACACAGUCGUCGUAACGCACAAGAAACGCCUCACCAAAUACUGGAAAGAAGUGGUAGAGGAAGCAGGGAGGAAACCCAGAAAGCAAGGGGUAGCUCCCUUUGGGACACGCCUGCUCUUCGGAGGAACAAACUAUAGGAGAAUGGUUGAACCCCUUGAUAUAGCUGACUACUAUGAGGAUAAGACAGGCAAGAGAAAUUACCGUACUGAAGGGAGGCCUAAGCAUUAUAGAUUGUUGCAGGAAUGGCAAGAAGAGGAGGAGAAAGCUGCAAAGCAUAAGAGGAAGUCAAGCACAAGGAAAGCUGCCACUUUAACAGAGGAUUCUUGCUUUUGGGCAGAUGUGGAGGAAGCUGUGAUUUUGACCAAAUCACUGAAGAAAGGAGAAGCUGUCAAUGGGGGAACAGAAGAAUCAACCAUUGAAAAGCUAAAGAAAUUUGAGGAUUAUGUGAAGGGAUUGAUAGAUAACAUGGCAGUGUCUCCAUAGGUUUUCUUGGAGGAGAGUACCUUCAUGCAAUGGUGGAACGAGUACUAUGAGAAAAUUCGUGAACAUACUCAUGGCUCCUUACUAGCUGAGUUCAUGAAGAAUAAACUUUACCGACACUAUAAUUAAUUUGCCCAUUACAUAGUGUGAGUUGGUUGUUUCGGUUUUGAUUUUUUUGGCAAUCCUUCUGUUGUUGGUUUGUUUCGGGCUAAUGCCUC